AUGACACCCAGACUAUCAGCCUCUUUGGUGGUGGUAUCACCAGCCCGUAAAGUGCUGUUUAUGCUCAGACCAUCAAGGGGAAGUUUCCGGAACACCUAUGUUUUUCCAGGCGGAGCCCAGGACGCCGACGAUGUGUCUUCUGUGCACUGUGCGCUUCGGGAAACCUACGAAGAAACCGGUAUUCUGAUCGAUCCCAACACCAAGAAAAGCGUUUUGGUAAAGGGGUUUGCUGAGACAGACUACAAGCGAGCAUUAAAGACAUACAUGAAUCGCAAUUUCAGCGACAUUGACUGGUCCCAUGGCGCCGGGUUCCCGCGCGCUUCUCAGUGGACAACGCCAGUGGAAGCUGGAAAUAAGCGGUUUACGACUCAAUUCUUUCUGUACAACUCACCGGAGGAGUUUGACUUGAGUUGGUUCAGGAAAAGCAGCGAGGCAGAGGCGCUUCUAUGGAUCAGUCCGGCCGAAGCGUUGGCUGAGUUCGAAGAGGGCAGAUUUACCAUGUUCCCGCCGCAGGCCUACAUUAUGACACUCCUAAAGCACUUUAGCCAGGAAAAAGCUCUUGAGCACAUGAAGGAUCGGGUCAUUGUGCCCAAAGUUAUUUCCCAGCAGGACGAUGGCACGAUCCACUACGACUGGGGCCAGAACGAAGAGGGCCUUGUCCAAUUUGUCAAAGGACAGUGUGUUUCGGUGAAAUAUCAGCCAAAGUUAUAG